ACCGCACUUAACGCUUCUUCGAAUAGUGUGCUCACUACGACUCACAUUCUUCUUCUUAUAAAACCCCAUCCUCCUCCACUGCUCCAUCUUCUUCUUCUGAUAUAUCGAUAAUCAUUUACACAUACUCGCCCUCUCUAUAUAUUUCUCUCUCAAUAUAUGGCAGAGGUGGAGUUUCAAGAAUCGGAAGUGAUAUUCGUUCAAGAUCGCCACGAUUGUCGUAAAACGACGAGGUGUGACGUCCAAGAAGACGAUGCUAAUCACUACUUCAGUGUGUUCACGAAGCAUAAUUUGUGUAAACCUAGUGGUGCGAAGAAGAAUGAUGAUAAUAAUAACAAGAGCAAGAAGAAGAGUAUCUCGAGCUCGGUACCUGUAAGUAUUCCGGAUACGGCUCUGCAAUUCACGUACGGGGAUGAGAAUGAGGCGGAGGACGACGGCGAGCUGGUGCCGCCGCAUGUGAUCGUGGGGAGACGAAUUGCCAGGGAAAUGGCGUUCUCGGUUUGUACGUUAAAAGGGAGGGAUUUGAGUCGAGUCAGAAAUUCCAUUCUCAGAAUGACUGGCUUUUUGGAGGCUGAGACCGCAUGAUGAAAUCCAAAUUCAAUUCCUCAAAGUGGUUCGGUUGGUAAUCGAUUGGGUUAAAUAUAUGUGUUAAAAGUUCGAUUCUAAAAAA